CUCAGCUUGAUAACCAGACCUUGUCCCUCUGACUUUUAUUUAACAGAGAUGAAGAUUUUUUUCUUCUGUCACUAACCCUCACAGUGGCCCUUGGAGUACCAGUGCCAGAAUUGGUUCCAAUGGACCUACCACAAGAGGAGGCCGUUCCACGCCUGGCCGCUAUUCUACCAGUGCAAGGCCAUGUGGUCCAGGCAGAUGUCAAACCAGAUGCAGGUCUGGAGAAGAUGGAGAGCCCUGCUGAACUGCGCCCUGUAGUUCAAGAGGAACCAGCUCCAGUUAAACAAGAGGCAGUGGUUGAGGAAAAAACAGUUCAACAGGAACCAGCUCCAGCUAAACAAGAGACAGUGGUUGAGGAAAAACGAGCUCAAAUGGUCCCUGUUGUACAGGACAAGCCUGCUGAGCAGGAACCUUUAGAACAGGACAAGCCUGCAGAGCAGGAAACUUUAGAACAGGACAAGCCUGCUGAGCAGGAACCUUUGGUAGAACAGGUCAAGCCUGCUGAGCAGGAACCUUUGGUAGAACAGGUGCAGGAAGAGGUCCAUAAGGAGGUCCAGCCCAAGGAAGAUGUUUUGGAUGAAAAUGUUUCUGACCUGAAAGAAAGCCUGAGUGCAAAUCGUCUCCCAGUAAUGGAAGAAAAGUAUAUCGUAAGCGAUGAGCCAGUGAUGAGGUCAGAAUUUCCAGUGGAGGAAGAGACAGUUGUGCAGGAGGUGCACCCAGAGCCAAGGAGGCCUGGAUUGGUAGAGGAGCCAAGGAUGGAGCUGAUAGCCGAAGAGGAGGAGGGCAUGUAUGGCAAGUUAACUGAAGAGGAAGAUGAGAUGGCUGAAGUACCUGAGAUGGUGCUGGAACCCCUGCCGAAGGAGGAGCCAGUAGAAGAUGGCGCCGGGACAGAGACAGAUUUAUUGGACCCAAGGCUUAGAUUGGUGGAAGAGCCGACAAUAGAGCUGGAGCCUCUGUUUGGAGAGGAACUCACUUCCGCCGAUGAGCCAGGAUCAGAGACUGUGCCUGGAGAGGAGGAGGAACUCAUGGGGGAAGAGGGGCCAGUCAUGCCAGGUGAAAUGGUGGUUGAGGAGGAAGAGUCACCAGGUCAGGAGCCCAUCAUGGAUAUAGACCCAGACGAGGAGCCAGUUCCUUGGGCACGGUCUGGUUUGGCAGAGGGGCCUUUGAUGGAUGGUAUGACUGUGAAACAGGCAAUGAUGGAGGAAGAGCCUGAUAUGUGGGUGGGGCCAGGUGUGAUGAGGGAAAGGCACAUGCAGAACAUGGAGGAAGAGCCUGAGAUGUGGGCGCGGACAGAUGAAGAUGCUGCAGCAAUGGCUAGAGAAAUGGACAUGGACAAUGAGAUUUUAGUGGGAAUGGAGAGUAGUGAUGGUGAACAGGCAAGACCUUAUGCAGAAGAUGUAAGACCUAUGGAUGGAGAGUUCCCUAAUGCAGUGUACACCAAGAGGGGCUCAUGCAGUGGAGCGAUCAUUGAUGGUCGGUGCCACCAGUUCUUCCGAGGACCCAAGGAGGCAGCAGAUGCUGAGUUCUUCUGCCAGAACAACUUCCCCAACGGUCACUUGGCCUCCGUCACCAACCCUUACAUCCACCAGCAGAUGAUGAACCUCAUGGCACAGAACGGUGGCUACACACGCACCUGGGUUGGAGGACUCAAAUACCUGAAGACUGGCCGCUUCAUCUGGCUGGACGGUGCACACUGGGGGUAUGCUGACUGGCUCCCUGGGAAACCCAACGACACCAUUGGAGUAGAGGACUGCAUAGAAUUACUCAGUAAUGGGAAGUUUAAUGACAUGCCAUGCUGGGACCUACGGGCUUACAUUUGCUCAUAUCCUCUGUGAGUCAGCAAGACCUCUGUGAUGGGAUCUUCCAUCUUCAGCACAAGUCGGACCUGAUUAUUUCCAUUACCAUGGCAUUCCAUUGGUAAUUAUAGUGAAUGAGAGAAGUCAUUAACCUGGCCAAGUCUUCAAUGCUCCUGCAUGCACCACACCAAGAUUGGUGCUCCACUGUACAGGCCUACGCACUUUUGUUAUAUUGUUGUAUUUUUUUACACAUCAAGCCAUUAGUUAUUGGUUGUUGUCUUCUGAUAUAAAUGUUUUGUUAAUAAAUAAAAUUCUUCAAAAACUG